AUGAUAUGAUUUACGUAACAUUUGCAAACGGGUGCUAAUUGUUCCCUAAGCAUGGUCCAAAAGUAGCUCAUUUAAUACCAAACAAGCAGAUGACAUUGGGGCUUGAAUUCUCACAUUUGGCUUUCUUGAAUGCUUGGUUUACAAAAGCUGGCCUGUUGCCCGAGGCGAUUAGGAAAGCACCUUAGGGCAUUGAGUCGACAUGCUUUUGGAUCAAAAUUGGUCAAACAUAGGGUUUUGUUGGCACCGAAGGAAUGAAGAAAUUAUGAACGGUUUGCUUGAUAUCAAGGCUGAUAUGUAAGAGUUGAGAGACACACAACUUCUUGUUGCACAUAGACAUAGGCGAGGCUUUUAAGAGGCGGGAGGGGGCGGCCGACCCCCCGAACUAUUCGCUCAAUUAGUGGAGAGUAUUUAGUUUCGUAUAGAAAUUUUUGGGUAUAUACGUUUUCAACCCCUGGUUUUAUAGAAAAUUUUUAGGUUCAGUGACUUACGCCCCCCGUGUCGGAAAUCUCAAGAUUCGCCACUGCACAUAGAGUAUGUGAUGCACACGCUUUGCGCAUCACGCCUUUGCUUUUGGGACCUAAACGCCUCGGAGUUUCCAAAAUAAGCGAAUCAUUUUUUUCUUAAAUUUGAAAUGGGCGAUGCGGAGAACACGUUUCCAUCUUCUCGAAAACGAGCUGCUGGUAGAGAAUUAUCCCGAGAAAACCCGGGUCUCGAUGAUGAAGAAGAGUUUCCCGAUCAAGAAACCGGUACAUUCAAAAGGGCGAGUGAUGAUGUGUUGGCAAAUAGAAGAAUAGUCAAAGUCAAACGUGGUCAAACGUCAUCGACCGCAUCUGCACCUUCUUCUAACCCUUUCGCAGCAAUUCGUUUGGUGCCUCCUGCAAAUUCACAAGAAAUUGUAAAUCAUGAUUCUGAAAAGUUGGUGGUGGGAAAUGACGAAAAUACCCCUGCAGCUGAGGAAGAGAAAAAUGGAAACGCGGAUAAGUUGGAGAGAAAUGACGGAUAUACCCCUGCAUCCAAGGAAGAGACAAACGGAAACGAAGAUAAGUUGGAGGGAAAUGACGGAAAUACCCCUGCAUCCAAGGAAGAGACAAACGGAAACGAGGAUAAGUUGGAGGGAAAUGUCGGAAAUACCCCUGCAUUAGAGGAAAAGAAUUGUGAAAACAAGGACACAUUAGAUAAAAAUGACGGAAAUACCCCUGUAUCUGGGAACGAGAACGUUGAAAGCAAGGUAGUGGGAAAUGACGAAGGUACCCCUGCGGCGGAGAAAGAGCAAAAUGAAAUCAAGCAGAAGCUGGAGGCCAAUGACGAAAAUACCCCUGGAGCCAGGAAAAAGGAAAACUUAGGAAAUGACGAAAAUACCCCUGCAGCUGGGUCUGUUAACUCAUUCAAACAGCUUUCGAGUAGCCAAAACGCGUUCUCAGGGCUUGUGGGUACGGGUUUUUCAGGUUCAUCUUUCUCAUUCGGAUCAAUCUCGAAAUCUGACCUGCCUAUAUUCCCGUCUUUUAGUUUCGGUACCAAUGGAAACUCAUAUCUGUUUGGCAACACGGAUAAGAAGAUUGAAGGAACCAAAACAACGCCGUCUUUUAAGCAGGAAGUACAAAUAGAAACCGGUGAAGAAAACGAGAAGGCGGUUUUCACAGCGGAGUCGGUACUUUUUGAGUUUGUUGACGGCGGGUGGAAAGAACGUGGGAAAGGAGAACUAAAAGUCAAUGUGUUGACAUCCGGAACACGAAAAGCGAGACUUGUAAUGAGGGCAAGAGGGAAUUACAGACUGAUCUUAAAUGCAAGUAUUUUUCCUGAUAUGAAACUGACAAAUAUGGAGAAAAAAGGGAUCACGUUUGCGUGUGUGAAUAGUACGAGUGAAGGGCAAAAUGGUCUUUCGACAUUUGCGUUGAAGUUUAAAGAUGCAUCGCUCGUUGAUGAGUUUCGUUCAGUUGUUAUGGCACAUAAAGGUAAUUUCACUCCUGCAGUAGAUUUAAAAACACAUGAAAUUUCUCCUAAAGCUCCUGAACAGUAGACAUAUACUAUAUAUAUAUAUAUAGAGAGAGAGAGAGAGACGGGGCUUGUAUAUUACAGAACCAACUUUAAGUAGAGAACUACGAGAAUUGUAUAACAAGUAGGCCUUUUGUUAUGAUGUUUCUUUCAAUAUUUGAACAAAAGUUGCUA